GCCGAUUAGGAUCGGUCCCAGGCGGGUAAAGGGAUCGGGUUGCGACCUUCCCCUCCAGAACCAUAGACUGAAAUAUUGGCACUUCACAUGGUCUGGAUUGCCCAGUUCCUUGAUGGCGUAUUACCUGCAGCAAAAACGUCACGAUUAUACUGCAAGGCGAUGUUCGGACUUUUUGGAGAAUCAGCUACAAGUCGUUGAAAGGUAGUAGCCCGAAGAAUUCACCAUUCGCAGCCAAUCCUGAUAUACGAGGCGAUCAAGUCUGCGACGUACCGCAACCAGAAACGCCAUGGAGGUGGCUGAAGAGGACUUUGUUCUUAUCUACCAUAGCGAUGCGACAGACAACCCUGGUGGAGCCGAUGCCGCAUAUGUUAAGGAGAUUGAUGAAUUCGUCGAAAAGAUCUCCGGGGAACUAUGGGCCGUGAACAAAUACAUACAUGACAACCCGGAGCUUGGCGACGAGGAGCAUAAGGCCCACGCACUUUUGACCAAUUUCAUGAAGUCUAGGGGUGGGUGGAAGGUCACGCCCUCAGCCUACGGGAUUGCGACGGCAUGGGUCGCGGUCUUCGACACUGGCAAGAAAGGUCCUGUAGUGUCGUUCAAUGUCGAGAUGGAUGCUCUGCCCCGGAUUGGCCAUGCAUGUGGCCAUAACCUCAUCGCCACAAGCUCAUUGGCCGGGGGCCUGGCCACCGCCGAGAUCAUGCAAAGUCAUAGUAUAAAGGGCAAAGUGGUCAUAUUCGGCACUCCAGCAGAAGAAGGGGGCGGCGGCAAGAUCCGCCUGCUCGAAGCGGGGGCCUACCACGAGCACGGCGUCGACGUCUCUCUGAUCUCGCACCCGGGCAUCUCGCGCGACAGCGCGCUGGUCCACACGGCGGCCUACACGCAGUUCGAGGUCGAGUAUUUCGGGCGCGCAGCGCAUGCGGCCAACCGUCCCUGGCAGGGGAUAAAUGCGCUCGACGCUCUCGUCGUGGCAUACAACGCGCUGUCUGUGCUUCGCCAGCAGACCAUGCCCGGCGACGUUAUCCAGGGCCACAUCACGGACGGCGGGCGGGCACCGAACAUUAUACACGCGCACGCGGCAGGCACUUUUGUGGCGCGGGCGGGCUCGGCGACCCGGCUCCGGGAGCUUCGGCGGAAGGUCGACGCCUGCUUCCGUGCGGGCGCCGAGGCGACGGGUGCGAGGCUGCAGGUCGCCCAGGUGCAGGAGUAUGCCGACCAUGUUCCCAACCAAGUGCUCGGCACGUGUUUCGCGAGGUAUUGGAACUCCUUGUGUCCGCCAGGCGGGGUUCCUAUGGGCCACGAAGUCGUCUCCGUAAACGCGAGCACGGAUCAGGGCAAUAUCAGUCAUGUGAUGCCGAGUAUGAGCGUGAGUUUUGCCAUUCCGCCUGGGCGGGAGGGCGGUGGACCACAUAGCCCGGACUUUGCUGCAUCAGCUGGCACACGGGAAGCCUUUUGGAGAUGUCUGAGGACGGGUAAGGCGCUCGCUGGGACGGCCUUAGAUGUUCUCACAACGGAGGGUCUGCUAAGUGAAGUAAAAAGACAAUGGGAAAGAGACAUGGAUUCUUCACAUUGAGAAUUUGACAGGGAGGCACAUGCUGGGUGUAUAACUUUGAGCAGCUUAGUACGAAUGUUUUAAAUAUGCCCUUUCGGCCUCU